AUGCAAUAUAAAGAAAAGGCGGAGUCUAGUCAAGAAUUGGAAUUUUGGCAGAGGAUAGAAGUUGUCAGGGAGAAUUACAAAUCUCCAACAGAUGUUACUUCUGAUGAAGAAAUAACAGGACACGAGGGAACAGUUAGACCACCGAAAGUAGAAGAGGACGAGAAGAAUCAGGUGGAACAAUUCAUCAGCGGUAUAAUCAAUGAUGCCGUUGAUGAAUACAGCACCGAAUUCUGGAGGGCCUUGGAAGCCAAAAUCCAGGAAAGUACAACAAAUUGUGGAGAAGAAGAACUGGACACCGAUAUAGAUUCAGAGGAGAAAAACAAAUUUGAAGCAAGAGAGUCUAAAAAGGAAAAGAAAUUAGAAAAAAUUGAAGCCAAUGAGGAAAUGAAACUAAAUUUACAGGAGACCUUAGAGAAAAUGAAACUGCAGACAACAGAAGCAAUUAAGAAAACAAACCUUGAUUCAAAGCAAACAAAAGAGAAAAAGAAUCAGGAAGCAAAGAAAGCAAGAGAGAUAAAGAACCGGAAAGCAAAAGAGUUAAAACAAAAAUUGAAGUUAGAAGCCAAAGAAUCCAAACAGAAAACGAAGCUUGAAGCUAAAGAAUAUAAGGCGAAAAAGAAGCUUGAAGCUAAGGAAUGCAAAGAGAAAAAGAAACUUGAAUAUAGAGAGAAAAGGAAGCUUGAGGCAGAGAUAUCGAAAGAGAAAAGAUGA